CGCUCGACGACGACGCGAACGCGAACGCGAACGCGCGAACGAGCGAACGAACGAGCGAACGAACAGCGAACGAACGACGAACGACAUGGCGCUCUCGACGACGAUGGCGCGAGACGCCGAUAGCUUUUUUCGUGACGUCUUCAGAGACGCCGACGACGUGCGUACGCGGUCGCGCGCGUGGGGGGGGCGAGGGCGAAGAACGCGCGAGGGUUCUUCGGUUCGACGUCUCGUCUCGACUCGUCUCGUCUCGUCUCGUCUCGUCUCGCGCGCGCGCGAGAAGCGAUGCGCGAUAUUUCCUUUCACGGAAAAAACUUGAUCAGAAAGGACAUCAAAAUGACUUGAUGACUUUGUUGAUUUCUUCAGGCACAAGGGUAGAGAUGGACUGACUGAAUGCACGCAUCGCUGCGCAGUGGUUUUCGAAUUUUCAUCUCGCGCCCGGAAUGGGUAACCCGUGGAUGCCGUUGGCGCAGCGCACGCCCGGGGCGAGCGGUGCGUUGGCUCCGCUUGCGGGCGGCUUGCGCGUCAUUCCUGUCGACGUUUUAGAGGAUGAGAAGUCUUACGUCUUGCGUGCGGAUCUUCCCGGGAUGAAGAAAGAAGACGUCAACGUCGAAGUUGAUGGACAGAUCGUUCGAAUCAGCGCGACGAAGAAGGACACGAAGAAGUGGGAGGACGAAGGAUACAAGUACCAUCGCGCCGAACGCCGAGACACGAUGGAGUACUCGCAACGCGCGUUGAGAAUGCCGCAAAAUACUGAUUUCAGCAAACUCGAUGCGGCGUUCGACGAUGGCACUUUGACCGUGACGUUCGGUAAGCAAGCGACCUCGACGCCGACGGCGAAGCAAAUCUCAAUCAAGUGACCUGCUUCGCGUUUGUGAGGGAUCGAAAUCAAGACCAUGAGCCUCGAUACGUCGUUAGCAUCUUUUGUUUUUGAUUUUU